UGAAAAAAAUAUAACUGACUGGUCGAAAUUAGCUCAAUUACAAUUAACACUUGAUUUGAAUACAAUGAAGACAAUUAUACCAAAUCAAUUAUUUACAAAAGAAUCAAACGAACUGUUAAAGGAAAUAUGCAGUCGUUUCAAUAUUGAAAUAUCUCCAGCGUUGGAUCAUUUAAGCUUAGAAGAAUCAGA